CUGUCAUCUCAGCUCCGGCACCAGCACCCCGUCGCCCCUACCCCGCUGCCUGUCUCCUCGGCGGAGGCUGCUUCCCGGUCCUGCCACCUCUCUGCUCUGUUCUCGUCGCUGACUUCUUACCCCACAUGGAUCUGGUCGGAGUGGCAUCCCCUGAGCCCGGGCCGGCAGCGGCCUGGGCACCCAGCAAGUGUCCAUGGGCUACCCCUCAAAAUACAAUAUCUUGUUCUUUGUCUGAUGUAAUGAGUGAACAGUUGGCUAAAGAAUUGCAGCUGGAAGAAGAAGCUGCCGCUUUUCCUGAAGUUGUCGUUGCUGAAGGACCAUUUAUUACUGGAGAAAACAUUGACACUUCCAGCGACCUAAUGCUGGCUCAGAUGCUACAGAUGGAAUUUGACAGAGAAUAUGAUGCACAGCUUAGGCGUGAAGAAAAAAAAUUCAAUGGAGAUAGCAAAGUUUCCAUUUCCUUUGAAAAUUAUCGAAAAGUACAUCCUUAUGAAGACAGUGAUAGCUCUGAAGAUGAGGUUGACUGGCAGGAUACUCGUGAUGAUCCCUACAGACCAGCAAAACCAGUUCCUACUCCCAAAAAGGGUUUUAUUGGAAAAGGAAAAGACAUUACCACCAAACAUGAUGAAGUAGUAUGUGGGAGAAAGAAUACAGCCAGAAUGGAAAAUUUUGCACCUGGGUUUCAGGUAGGAGAUGGAAUUGGAAUGGAUUUAAAACUAUCAAACCAUGUUUUCAAUGCUUUAAAACAACAUGCCUACUCAGAAGAACGUCGAAGUGCCCGCCUCCAUGAGAAAAAGGAGCAUUCUACUGCAGAAAAAGCAGUUGAUCCGAAGACACGUUUACUUCUGUAUAAAAUGGUCAACUGUGGAAUGUUGGAGACAAUCACUGGCUGUAUUAGUACAGGAAAGGAAUCUGUUGUCUUUCAUGCAUACGGAGGGAGCAUGGAGGAUGAAAAGGAAGAUAGUAAAGUUAUACCUACAGAAUGUGCCAUCAAGGUAUUUAAAACAACCCUUAAUGAGUUUAAGAAUCGUGACAAAUAUAUUAAAGAUGAUUUCAGGUUUAAAGAUCGCUUCAGUAAACUAAAUCCACGUAAGAUCAUCCGCAUGUGGGCAGAAAAAGAAAUGCACAAUCUCACAAGAAUGCAGAGAGCUGGAAUUCCUUGUCCAACAGUUGUGCUACUAAAGAAACACAUUUUGGUUAUGUCUUUUAUUGGCUAUGAUCAAGUUCCAGCCCCUAAAUUGAAAGAAGUAAAGCUCAGCAGUGAAGAAAUGAAAGAAGCCUACUAUCAAACUCUUCAUUUGAUGCAGCAGUUAUAUAAUGAGUGUAAGCUCGUACAUGCCGACCUCAGUGAGUACAACAUGCUGUGGCAUGCUGGGAAGGUCUGGUUGAUAGACGUCAGUCAGUCUGUAGAACCAACCCAUCCUCAUGGCCUGGAGUUCUUGUUCCGUGACUGUAGGAAUGUCUCACAGUUUUUCCAGAAAGGAGGCGUAAAGGAAGCCCUUAGUGAACGAGAACUCUUCAAUGCCGUUUCAGGCUUAAACAUCUCGGCAGAUAAUGAAGCUGAGUUCUUAGCUGAGAUAGAAGCUUUGGAGAAAAUGAAUGAAGAUCACGUUCAGAAGAAUGGAAGGAAAGCUGCUUCAUUUUUGAAAGAUGAUGGAGGUCCGCCAGUGUUAUACGACGAAUAGCACUAAUAUCCACUGCUUUCAGUGUUAACACAGUGGUGAUUGUCAGCUGCCAUUAGCAAAUGAAGUUAUGGGUGACUUGAAAUACCAAAACAUGAGGAAUGUACAAUGGUGCUUCUGUGCUUUUUUUCCCUUGUAACCCAUAUGCCAGGUAUGUGGAAUUUUUAGCUCGGCAUUGAGAGACUGAAAUGUCAACUACCUCUCAUGAUAUGAAUAGGAUAAUAUAAUUCUUCACAGCUACAGGUUAUCUAGCUGAAAUCAACCUGAUUUUAAGGAUUUGUGGCAUAAAAUGUUUGAUGAGAAUUUUUAACAUUUCCAAAUAUGGGAGGAAGGGACAGAUGUGUUUACAAGGGAGGCUUUUAUUACAACUCACUUGCUUUUUUCACCUCCCUGCUUUGUGUUGCGUCUUUCCUCAUAUAUUUUAUUUACCUAAAAUUAGCCCUUCUCAGUUCUUUUUCCAGACUGUGACCAUGAUUCUAAAGGAAAAUUUCUUCUCUUUAGUAGCUGAUAUAAAUGGAAAUUUGGUUUCAGAAUGGCUGACAGAAAUAGACAUAAGCAAAGUACUUUUUUUGGUAUAUCUUGAAUUAUGAACUGAAUUCUUCUUUUCCACACUCAUAUGCAAGGAAAGGCAUCAUCGGUUUCUGAAAGAGAUAAAUAUAUAAGUACUUUUCAACUAUCCAAAUUUUUUAAAUUUAACUUUCAGCUUUUCUACAUUUAGGUGAAAUAGUUAGGAUGUAACUCACGGUGCAGCUGCUCUGCAUUUAUAAUGAAAAUGUAAAUUAUCUAGAAGGACAGAAUGGAAUCUUUAACCAUGUUUGACAUAUUUUAAUGAAGUCAGUGAAACAAAGUUCAGUUUACGUUUCACUCAAACUAUAUACUUACUAAUUGAUUUUGAGAGAAAUAUAGCAAGCUAAUUAGAAACAUUGUAUCAUCAAAUGAUGAAAAGUAUGUAUAAAACAAGUUGAGUACCAAAUUAACCAACUAAUUUGAACUAUCUGGCCUAACUUUUAAUAAUGUUUAGUACUGGCCAGACUCCACUUCUUAAUGCAGCCAAAGUACAUUGGCUUUGUUAGGAUUGAAGCUCAUUCACUGCAACAGAAUCAUUCCUCCUAUUGUUGGAAUCAGAUUGGAAUCACUAAAGACCUAACCUUUCUGUCUGGUAAUAGAAAGUAAAAAUCUGAACUUUGCCCUUGAAAGCUUCUACAUUAAAAUUAUUUAAAAAUGCCAAAUAUAUUCUUUCUAGAAAAAUAGUUUUGUUUCUGUUGUAUAACUUUUAAUUGCAUUUCAGAGAAGUGUGAUUUGGGGUACUCAUUACGUUUCUGAAAUGUUUACCACUAUGAAAGAAAUAUUUAGAUGACUGGUGAUUAUUGGCAUUACAGAAGUUUCAAAGAACUAAUUUUAAGAACAGUUAACCAUUAAAUUUUGUUUUGUUUUGUUUUCUGACAUACUCUGACGGUAGCAGCAAACUGUUGCUGUGUGGCGUUCCUGGAGUGUGCUGUGAACAUGCUUCUUAAGAAAUUAAAAAUGAAGAGAUCAUUUUAGAAUUGGUUCUCUGUGUGGAUUCUUCCUGUUCCUUGGAAGUAUUAACUUAUGUCCUGGCACCAGGUUACCCCUUCUGUUUAAGUUAAACAGUGCUAUUUUCAGCAGUUUUUUUCCUCUCAACUUCCCAUCUUUAGAUUUCACUUUUAAAUGACCUACUUCACAUUACAAACAGGUUUUUCCUCUCAUAUAGAUCAGUGAGUAAAUUUUUCACACAGUGGAAAAAGAAAGUGGAAAAUAUUGAUUUGCUAAAUAGUCAAAUACAGAUGGGGGAAAAAAAUGGAAAUAAGCAUAUUUUGUUUCACUUUAAUGGAAGUGGAUAUAUGAAUAUCUAUAAGAUAAAUUAUCAAAAUAAAGAUUAUAUGUAGAGAAUUUU